AUGUGGUCGGUGGUACGGGGUAACAGUACGGUACCAAUUUUUAUCCUUUCUGCCACUAUAAAGGGGCGAAGGAAGGGAUGGUACCACCUCACGCGAUCCACCGCCAGGCUCUUCCAGUCACAAUGUUGAAUUCGUCGUUCGAUUUUCUUCGCCGAGUUCUCCCGUGGUUGGGAGAGUAAUCGUGACUAUCGAUCGCGGCCGCUCGGCCAAGCAACGGUUUGUUUCCUGACGGCGAUAUGAAGAGCCCGCGAUGGAAGGUCACGAUAGAACGCGCUUAGAAUGCGAGCAGCGAACACCGUCUCGAUCGCCGUUCCUUCGGAAGUAGCUGUUUGACGAUCAAUUCGAUCGCCGGCACAAUCUGGACGCCGAAAGUUCUCGCCGCGAGGAUCGCUGCUAAGAUCGAGAAAACGUUAGCACGGCACGAGCAGCCACAUCGUUGAAUCGACACCGCACGAAUGAAGCGGAUGAAGAAUAGAAAAAUUAAUGGAGCUUCCUCAAAGAUGGAUCUGACCAAGAAAAAGCCAGCGGACUAUAUAGAGCUAGCGUACAGGGAGGCUAUUUCAAAACUCAAAUACUUGCUGGCCGAAUCUUACGCACCGACAGGAAUGUUCAGAACAAAGCUGCAAAGCAUUCGGAGCGUAUACAAAAGCAGUAACUCCCGAUUUAGCGAGUCCGCUGAGGACACGGACGAUCAGAGCGUAAUCAGCGAUGACUUUCGGAGGAACCGGAGCUUCGCUGAGAAGGCAGUUUCCAGCACCUUCUCGCCAUUUCCGAGGACCAUUCAGCCGUCCAAGGUGUACAGCAGCGUGGCGUUGUCGAAGGCCGACAUCCAGUCCGCUCCUCCCGAACUGACGUCCUUCAUCAAACGGCAGGAGGACUACAUCGAGCAAUUGGAACGAGAGUCUCAAUACUGCAGAGACAAACUGAUCAAUCUGUUGAGUAAAGUUCGCGAGGUCGUGGCAGAGAAUGAAGCACUGCACAGCAGGAAUCAGGCGGUGCUGUCGAAGUGCGCUCUGCAGGAUCACCGAGAUUACUGCAGUGUCGUCAGGACGGAUCAUCGCGAGCACGCGCCCGCGAGCGUUUGCACGAUCGACAAUUUGGAGAGCAAGCGUGAGAAAUCGUUGGAGAGACCCAGCAUUAUGUACGAGUCGAGAAUCAGCGAGUUGGAGGCGCAGUUGACGCAGGCCAGACUUGAAUUGCGGAAGGCGCAGGAGGAGAAUCAGGUGAUCUUGAAACGUUUGUCCGAGACCAGUUCGAGCGAAAAAAGCGUCGAGAUGAAGAGCGAAUUGGACAAGGCGUUGCGCGCCAAGUACGAGGCUGAGAUGAAGCUAGAGGAGCUACGAAACCUGCUGUCGGCCGCGAAGGACAGAGAGACGGAGGCGUCGCAGAGAGCGAAGCGAUCCGUGGAUAACCGUCAGCAAAUUGAAUUCGAGAGGAAUCAGAGCGAGAUGGAGAUUCGAAGGUUGAAGGACGAGUUGGAAAAGCAGCACGAGAAGUUGCGCGAGGCUACGCAGGAAAUGAACAGACGCGUAAUCGAGGAGAGGCAGCACCUGGAACGCCAGUACAACCAACAAAUCGAGCAACUCACUGCCGACAUUAUGUCUCACUGGGAAGCGGCCAAUAAAUCGCAAUUGGAGUCCGAGAAACAGCGACGGGAGAUAAACGAGCUCAGACGAGAGUUGUCCCAAAAGCAAACGGUUAUCGAUAAUUUGAAGAAAGAGUUACAAGACAAAAUUUCUAAAUUACAAAGUGAUCUCAAUCAAGCAAUGAGCGACAAAGACGCGGCGGAACAAGAAGUUUUAACGAGCAAACUGACGGCUCAGCAGUGCGAAAGACAGGCUCGUCAGGAACAAAAAAAGUCGGAGGCGGAGAUCAAUUCUUACAAGCAGCGUCUGGAAAGGACGGACGCUGAUCUGGUGUAUUGCAGACGAGAAAAUCUGCGACUGUCCGAGCAAAUUGCAUCCUUGGAGAAAGAGAUCAAUAUAAAUAAAAUCGCACAUACCGAGGAGAACAAUCGUAACCAGAACACGCCUAGAUUGGAAAACGAGAAAGAACUGACUUCCAUGAUAAUGGACAUGGAGACUAAGCAUGCCGCCACGGUGACAGGCCUAGAAGAUGCUCUGAAUAAUCAGGCCACGCUCGUCUCAAGAUUGACUGCCGAAUGCCAAUCUCUCACACAACGUUUGGAAGCUAACAAUCUUAAACACGAGAAAGAAAUGGCAGACCUACAAACCAACAUAGAACACUUGUCGAAUAAAAUACAAGGCACUAUUGCGAGCCACGAAGGAGGGAAUCUGGAAAAUACUGACGAGUCUGCGGUUUUUCAUUACAAUACCGCACUAGAAUCGGCGAUCCCGUCGCAAGAGAACGGAUUGCCGAUGAGCGAUCAAACGUCGCUGAAGACUCACGAGGGAUACGACACCGCGAAUAAUCACAGACUGACCGAAGACUCGGAAAUGUACUCUGUCAUACCGACGAGAAACGAUCAAUCGCAACACGACCUGUACGACUCGUCGUACGAUCAGAUACACGUUACGGAAAACAAUUCUGUGCCGAAUGCAGUCGAAACCGAAAUGUAUCAGCAGGUGGGCGACGCUACUGAAGAAAGUUACGCUAACGUGAACGAUCCAGGAAUGGACACUUAUAUGGCAGAGCAGGAACACAAUCAAUAUAGCGAACACGCGUAAUCUUUCGCAGUGCUAAAGUAAAACACGACCAUUGUAUUUACGGCCGACAAUUCGAUUUAAUGAUCAAGGUGUCAAUUAGAUUAACUCCGAGAGAGAUAAUCUAAUUUAGCCAGAUCGAACAAGACCUUUAUAAUAACAUACUUUAUAUUAACGACAUAAUUUUGCAUAAGUACAUAAAAUACACAAGUAUCGUAUUUGCAUACGAUAUACAGAGUGUCCCAUAAUUGCCGUAUCACCGCUCGUAGGCAAG